AUGUGUAAACACUUAAUUGUUCAUAUAUUUUCCAGCAUAUUUUUAGUGUUAUUAGUAGCAACAAAAGGAUCUACUCGAAGAAAUGGUACUGAUAUAGUAAAGUUUUACCUUUUCACCCGUGAGAAUCCCAAAGAUCCACAGAUCUUAUCUAUAUAUGAUUUAAAUUCAAUAAAUAUAUCCAACUACAAUCCCGAACAUAGAACCAAGAUUAUUAUACAUGGUUGGAGAUCCAGUUAUGAAAGGACACCAAAUCCUCCAGUCAGAAAUGCUUAUUUAGCAACAGGUGACUAUAACGUAAUAAGCGUUGAUUGGAGUUUUUAUGCAUAUUCGGUUUAUCCACAAGCUGUGAAACGAGUUCCCGAAGUUGGAAAAAUAGUGGCUGAUUUCGUAGACUUACUAAAUGAAAACUUUGCUUUAAAUUUCGACGAAUUAGUUGUGAUAGGUCAUAGCUUGGGUGCACAUAUUGCUGGAUAUUGCGGUAAAAAUGUAUUACGCGGUAAAAUUGGUGCUAUUGUCGGAUCCGAUCCAGCAUUAGCAUUAUACUUUUAUCCCCUAAAUUCGACUCACUUAGCAAGGACUGACGCUAAAUUUGUUUUAACUCUACAAGUUACUGGUGGUCGCGAGGGUUUCUUAAGACCAAUUGGAGAUAUGACAUUUUAUCCAAAUUGGGGACGUGCACUCCCAUCUUGCGGAAUCGAUUUACUUGGUGCUUGUUCGCAUGACACUGCGAACGUAGUUUAUUCCGAUUCAAUACGAGGGAAAUCGUAUGCACCUAUAUAUCAGUGUGAUAAUUUCGAAGAAAUAAAAGAAAAGAUAGGUUGCAAUAAAUUGGUUGAUGUUCGGCUUGGUGAUCCUUUGGAUAUAGAAAGGGUUGACGGAAUAUAUUAUUUUAGUACUAAGGACGAAUACUAUUUAAAUGUUGGUAAAAGCAAUUUUUCAGUUGCGAAUAAUGCUGUAAUAAACCCAUUGGACGUUCUUAAUAGUGUUAAGUUCUACCUCUACACUAAUCAAAAUCCGGAAGAUCCACAAAUAAUCAGUUAUAAAGACAAUUCUGUAGCAGUGUCCAAUUACGAUAGUUCACGUAAGACCAAAUUUAUUAUUCAUGGAUUUCUUGCAUCCUAUGAGCAAGUACCAAAUCGUCCUAUAAGAGAAGCAUAUUUAGCGACAGGAGACUAUAAUGUGAUUGCUGUUGAUUGGAGCAAGUAUUCUUUUAGGGAAUACGUAACAGUCGCAUCGAAAGUAUAUCCUGAAGUAGGUGCAGCAGUCGCAAAAUUAAUUGACUUUUUGCAUACCAAUUAUGGAUUAAAUUUUAACGAAUUGGUUGUAAUUGGACAUAGUUUGGGAGCACAUGUUGCUGGUUUUGCUGGAAAACAAGUUAAAUUAGGCAAAAUUGAAUCAAUUGUUGGUCUUGAUGCAGCACUGGGUUUUAUUAAUAUUAACGAUCCUUCACAACGCUUGUCAAUAACCGAUGCAAAUUAUGUUGUAACGAUACACACUUCGAGUGGAAGGAACGGCAUUGCAAUGCCAAUUGGUCAUACCUCUUUUUAUCCAAACUGGGGUCGUCGACAAAUAAAUUGUGACGUUGAUAUAUUUGCUGAUUUUUGCUCUCACCAAACAUCUAUUCUGAUUUAUGCUGCUGGAGUGAGAGGUUAUUCAUAUGCACCUAUCUAUCAGUGUAGCUCAUUUGAAGAAAUUGUGGAAGAAACCGGUUGCAAUAAAGAAGUCGAUAUCCAAGUUGGAGAUCCUUUGAUUGUGAAUAAAUUACCGGGAAUUUUCUAUUUUGAUAUUAAAGAUGCUUCCAAGCUAGCACUUUUCGUUUAAUAUGAUAUUUAGGUUUAAAGAAACAUUGGUAUUUAGCCAAUUAUAUAAA